CAGGAGGAGCCGUGGCUGCCGGCCCUCCCGCAGUGGAGCAACGCGCAGAUCUCGGAUCACUACAGCACCUGCAUCAAGCUCUCCGCCGAGAACAAAAUCACCACGAAAAAUGCCUUUGGCUUACACCUGAUAGACUAUAUGGCUGACAUCCUGAAACAGAAGGACUCUGAACUGACCAACUUCAAGGUGGCAGCUGGCACGCUCGACGCCAGCGCGAAGAUCUAUGCCGUGCGGGUGGACGCGGUCCAUGCAGAUGCCUACAAAGUUCUUGGAGGCCUAGGGAAGGACUCGGCCCCUACCAAAAAUGUGGACAGCCCAGGAGGAGAGGAAGACAGCCCAGCCCCUGAGGCUGCCAAAAGGGUGCAGACAAAGAAGAAGCACUCGCUCAAAACCAUUGAGCAGAACCUGAACAACAUCAAUGUGUCGGAGGCCAAUCGCAGAUGUGAGGUUGAUCCCAUGUUCCAGAGAACAGCUGCAUCCUUUGAUGAAUGCAGCACGGUUGGUGUUUUCCUCAUGGGGCUGCGUACCCAGGGCUGCCACAGCCAGCUCCUCUUUGACUCCAAGGUUGUGCCUCUCCCUUCUGCAGAGACCCUCAUGGUGCCAAACUCUGAUCCUGUGACAGUCACAGAUUUAAAACCCCUGCUCGCUCAGUGCAUUGAAAGCCGCCCCAUCUGCUCCUCGCUGGCUGGUUUCCAGUUUACAAAGUGGGAUGCAGAAUCCCACAAUGAGUCAGUGUCAGCCCUGCUGGAUAAGUUUAAGAAGAGUGACCAAGUGUUUGAUAUCAACGGGCAGAUCGACAGUGAGGGGGAGGACUGUGCUCCUGCCCUAACUGAUGUGAUUCCUUUUGGAGAAGGAGACAUUGGGAGCAUGUGCCUUCAUCUUUCCAUGAAACCAGGGGAAUAUUCCUACUUCAGUCCCCGGACUCUGUCGAUGUGGGCUGGCCCAGAGCACUGGAGGUUCAAACCUCGGCAGAAAUCAGACACCAACUCUGAAAAAGAGACCAAGAAAAGGAAUGCAAAGAAAGUGUUUGAAAUUAACUUUGAUGAGGAGAUUAACUUCACCACAUAUUUCCGUAAGACCAAGGCACCUGUCACUCUGGCCAAAUCCAUUCUGGAAAACCAGAAUACAAAGAGCACCACACUUCCCACAGACUUCAACUAUGACCAUAACAACAUUCUCCAGCUGUUCCUCAAACCAGCUAUUAAGCUCUGCAGGGCAGCUGAGCCAGGAACCUCCUUGUGUCCUGAGGAUGAGAUCAAUGAGUACGACUACAACAACCCCAAUGACACCUCCAACUUCUGCCCUGCCCUGCAGGCUGCAGACAGUGAUGAUGACAAUGAACCUGUUCAGUUCCUGAGCCAGACAGGGGUGUUCAACCUCACUGCCCACCCUGAGGCUCAAGAGGCUGAGCUCAACAGGCUGAAUGGCAAUGCUGAGAUCACAACCUACGGAGAGAUGAACCUCCUUGCUGAGCCACAGAAGGUCAAUAAGAUUGCAAUUCAAUAUGCAAAGACAGCCAAGAAAAUGGACAUGAAGAGGCUGAAGAAAAACAUGUGGGAGCUCUUGACUGAAGGACAGAAGAAACUAAUGGUGGCAGAGAUGGAAGAUGAGGAGAAGGAGGAAAUGGAGAAGAAGGACACGUCAGUGGUAGCAGAUGAGGUGGUCUUCAGCAACAUCACAAAUCAACUGCUUCACAGGCUGCCUUCUGUGAUGGCCACCAACCUGUCUGUGCCCUUGGCCUUUGCCUGCCUCUUGCAUUUGGCAAAUGAGAAGAACUUAAAGCUGGAGAGCACAGAGGACCUUUCUGAUGUCCUUGUGAAACAAGGCAACUGA